CUGGAAACGGCGAGCCCUAUUGGUAGGUGCAGGGACCGGGAGGUGGAGCCCCGCCUGAGAGGGGCACCGCGCGGAGAUCAGCUUGAGCCAUGAAGGGCUGGCAGAGCGGCUGCCUCAGCCGGGCCAGGCGGCUGUGGGUCUUCCGCGGGGAGAUGGCGGGAGGCUGGGCGGCUUGCCGGCGCGCCCUGAGUUCCUGUGAGUAAGCCUUUGCGCUUCGCCGUGGCUUUGGGGUCCUGCCCUACCUUCGGUGUCCUUGCAUGCUGACGGGCUACUUCCGCACGUAUCUCCGGCUGGGUGGCUCCUUGUUAUCCCUGCGGAAUCGGCACCUUUGCUCUGGUAAAAGGCUUGGGGAGCCGAUUCCCCCCCCGCCCCCAAAUCUGGUGCUGAAGUGACUUCAAAGCAUUUAAUUACAAUCUGCUGCAGCCUACCAGGACGAUCCUUUUGGAAUUGGUCACCCACCCACUCACCCACCCUACAAAUGGAUUUGUAAAUCUGUCUGUGCUUGGCUUAAAUACAGGACCUUUCACAUGCAUUUGGAGAGGAUCCCUAACGAGAGAGAGCAAGAGAGAGAAGACAAAAGUGUAUCAAUACACGACGCAGCAUUUCAGAUCGGAAUAGGGGACAAUCCUGUAUUGUACCGGGCAGGCGGCAACCCUAUUAAGCGGGGCUUCAUCCCAUAGGGCUGCCAAUAUUUCUAAAAGUAAAAACCAGGACACCCUGGAAGUUACUGAGGUUUUUUUGUUUAGGAAAACCCUACCAAUUACAGCCCUACCAAUUGACAUAGCAGAAAACAGCACCUGUUGCAUUCAUGCCUGGUGAGCUUAACUUUUCCUUUUACCCCAUUGUUUCAACUGUCACGGAUUACAGCCAAAGCUCUAGAUAGGUUUCGUGGCAUUUGCCUCCCCUGCCAUUGUAGUGUUUCCCUGCUGUCUGUUGAUUGUAAGGUCCUUGGGGACAGGGACCUCGAUUUGCUGCUUAUGCAAUUUUGCAAGGUGCUAGGGUGUGCUGCCAAUGUGGUAGAAGUGGGUAAAUAGCUUUGCCAUCUAACUGUGGAUGAAUUUUCACAGCCCCAACCAGGUUGUCUGAUCCUCAUGUCACUAGCUUAUUCUAUUGAAUGUUAAGUUUGCAUUGAAAUUAUCACUGGAGUGUGAGGGUGUGGAUCUUUCACUGUUGAGGUAGUUUUCCUGACAGUAUUUGUGUAUUUAUUUAUUUAGAUGAUUUUUGUCAUCUUUGUACAGGCCACAGGAUGGUUUAAAAUCAAGGAUAUGUCAAAUCCAUUAAAAACAUAUAACAAAUCACUGAAUAACAGUUUUUCAUCACAGCAACAAUCAGGUCUCAUCUCCCGCAAAUGUCCGCUGAAAAACUAUUUACUAGCUACUUGGAUCUGUAAAGAAAUGAGGCGAGAUGCAUGUGCAAGGAUCCCAGGGUGCAAGGAUCCACCACCAAAAAGGGCCUUUUCUUGACUCUUGCACCAUAUUAGAUGAGGAGUGCCUGAUCUGCUGAUCUUAUAGUAAUGGCGUGUCAAUAUGGGAAAAGGAGCUCUUGCACGUAGUAGUUUUAGCCCCUUAAAAAGCAGUGUCACAAACAUAACUAAUGUAUAACUGUGGUAACACAUGGUUGCCCUUUUGGAUUAAAACAAUCUGAUUCCUGAGACUAAUUAUGAAAUAUGCAAAACAUUAUAUGCUGCUGAAAGAACUCCAAAAUGUUACGUAUCUUUCUAAUAGGGAGACAAGGAGUGAUGAGCCAACCGUUUGCAGCCAUUGUUUGUAGAAAAUAGGUGCUAACCUGUUCAGCUAGAAACUCAGAUGUAUUGGGGAUUCUUAGCAGUUUUAAAAAUUGUUGGGCCAGGAAGCUUACAACAAAAAUUGCUUUACUUCUCUCUCCCCAGGUAAUCACUAUGGACAGCCUCCUCAAAUAGUCCAAAUACCCUUCCUUAAGAGGUGUAAAAAUCAGUUAAAAUAUCAUAUAUUUGUUAGUUUGGUUCAAGCGAGGAACACAAUGUGAGUAUUAUUAUUAUCUAUUAAAUUUCUGUUCCAUUCUUCAUCCAAGGAUCACAGAGUGGUUUACAAUAUAAAAACACAAAAAUGCAUAACAUAGUAAUAAACAAAAAUAAUAACCUCCCACACUUUCUGUAUUUUCUGAUUAAUUCAUAAUGAUCGACUCAGCUCAAAAUGAAGGUUGUGGUUUUUUUGGAGGGGGUUAUGGUUUUCAUACAUUUCUUAAUAAGUAAAAAAUAACAGUAGUGUAAUCUGUAACUCUCUUGGUACAUGGCCUACAAACUAGUAGCAUUCUGGGCACUUGUGCCUUUGUAUUGUAAGCAUAAAGCACAUUUUGUGCCGCUAUGUUAGUGUCCCUGUCACCAAUGUUUUAUGUAGUGGCAUGGCGAACCUUGCUAAUGGACAGCCAUUUGUUUUAUUCAAACAAAAGGGUCAUUACAUGUUGGUAAGGCAUAAUUUAUAUAUAUUGGGCAGCAGGAUUCUGCACAUCCACCUCUAGGACUACUGGAUGUGAUUUGUGAAUUAUUUGUCUCUAUAUAGGUCAGAUAGUUUGAAGUCUCUAAUAGAUAUAAUUGGGUCUGUGCAUGCUAGACUUUGUCAACAUGAAUGUAAUAAGUGCUCUGUUGAUUCAAACUAAGGGCCCAACUAACCCUAGGGUGGCUAGCUAGAUUUUUUUGAAGUUCAUAAGCAGGCCAUGAAAACCACCAUCUUUCGUACUCCACCAAUUGGUAUUCAGAGGCAUAAUGUCACUCCCUGGAACAUGGAGAUUCCAUGAAACUGUUGUGUUUAUUAGCCAUUGAUAAAAUUAUUACCCAAAUACAUUAGCCUUCAAUGUAAGGAACAAUCAUGUGGGGUCCAACUGUAAUCUGAAUUUAUCCACUCGUGAAAUUUCCCUUUUCCAUAAAGGGAACUUCUUGUUGCACUUCUAAAAUCAAUUUUUGCUAGCUGAUCCCUAUUUUUAUGCUACCUAAUGUAAUAACACCUUUGAUGUUUAGGUUACUCACAGAGCGACACUACAGCAUGUCACAAACAACAGUCGAUCCAAAGGAGAUGAAAAAAUUCCAACUCCUGGCACAUAAAUGGUGGGAUGAGCAUGGAGAUUAUGCAGCUCUUCAUUCUAUGAAUGAUAUUAGAGUGCCAUUUAUUAGGUAAGGUUUUGGAAUGGGUCAGCUUUUACAUACUUCUGGGAAUCUGAAAAUCGUAACACAUCACCUUUUAGAGUAGAGGUGUCUUCAUUUGUAUUGCUCAGCUUAAAUAUUUACUGAGUGCAAAGCUAUUACAACUGGAGCUGUAGACUUUUAAGUGGUAGGCUGAAUGAGCAGUCCUAUUCACAAGUACAUGCCAAUGAGCUGAAUGGGGCUUUCUCUCAUGUAAAGGUGUAUAGGAUUUGAGCUUAGUUGAUAUGUGGAGACCAAUUUCACUUAGUGAGGGUGUGUUUUAAUAAUAGGAGCUAUGAGGUAAGCAUAUGCGUCUUUAAUUUUGAGCCAAUGUUGAUUCUGUAGUGUGUGUUGUAAUGUUGUUGUUGUUUAGUCGUUUAGUCGUGUCCGACUCUUCGUGACCCCCUGGACCAGAGCACGCCAGGCACUCUUGUCUUCCACUGCCUCCCGCAGUUUGGUCAAACUCAUGUUCGUAGCUUCGAGAACACUGUCCAACCAUCUCGUCCUCUGUCGUCCCCUUCUCCUUGUGCCCUCAAUCUUUCCCAACAUCAGGGUCUUUUCCAGGGAGUCUUCUCUUCUCAUGAGGUAGCCAAAGUAUUGGAGCCUCAGCUUCACGAUCUGUCCUUCCAGUGAGCGCUCAGGGCUAAUUUCCUUAAGAAUGGAUAUGUUUGAUCUUAUUGCAGUCCAUGGGACUCUCAAGAGACUCCUCCAGCACCAUAAUUCAAAAGCAUCAAUUCUUCAGCGAUCAGCAUUCUUUAUGGUCCAGCUCUCACUUCCAUACAUCAUUACUGGGAAAACCAUGGCUUUAACUAUACAGACCUUUGUUGGUAAGGUGAUGUCUCUGCUUUUUAAGAUGCUGUCUAGGUUUGCCAUCGCCUUUCUCCCAAGGAGCAGGCGUCUUUUAAUUUCGUGACUGCUGUCACCAUCUGCAGUGAUCAUGGAGCCCAAGAAAGUAAAAUCUCUUAAUGCCUCCAUUUCUUCCCCUUCUAUUUGCCAGGAGGUGAUGGGCCCAGUGGCCAUGAUCUUCGUUUUUUUGAUGUUGAGCUUCAGACCAUAUUUUGCGCUCUCCUCUUUCACCCUUAUUAAAAGGUUCUUUAAUUCCUCCUCACUCUCUGCCAUCAAGAUUGUAUCAUCUGCAUAUCUGAGGUUGUUGAUAUUUCUUCUGGUGAUCUUAAUCCCUGCUUGGGAUUCAUCCAGCCCAGCCUUUCGCAUGAUGAAUUCUGCAUAUAAGUUAAAUAAGCAGGGAGACAAUAUACAGCCUUGCCGUACUCCUUUCCCAAUUUUGAACCAAUCAGUUGUUCCAUAUCCAGUUCUAACUGUAGCUUCUUGUCCCACAUAGAGAUUUCUCAGUGUUGUAAUAGGAGAUGAAAAAGAAGAGAAAAUUAAGGAUGAACCUUCCUCCUAUAAACGAACCUUUGUUUAGUAAACAGAAAGUUCCCUGAUUUAAAUUCCAUAUCUCAACAAGGCAAACAUUUUGAGGCUUUGGUACUAUGCAAGUGUAGUUGAUCAACUAAAAGCUCUUUACUGGUGGACGGUCAUAAUUAAAACAUAAUUUGUUUUGUUCUUUGUUUAAGAGAUACUGUUUUAAAUAUGAGAAAUGAUCAUCAGCCUGGAAGCCCUCUCUCUGGUGUGAAGAUCCUGGAUGUUGGCUGUGGUGGAGGAUUGUUAACAGAGGUAGGGCUUACGCCUUUUAAUAAUAAUUUUCUUAUCCCUGACCCUUUGUUUUGAAGUAGCACAGCACUGAAGUUUUGAAUAGUGCUUAUUUAGUUCUUCCAAGUACUUGUUUAACUAGAAGUCUCUCUUGCAAUCUGCUCUAUUAGUUCAUUAUGGUAUUAUUUAGAGUAAGAUAGUCCAAUAAAGCAAAGUGGUAUGGCAUGUGUGCCGAUGCACAUACAGUGGUACCUCGGGUUCCAAACGCUUCAGGUUACAUACGCUUCAGGUUACAGACUCGGCUAACCCAGAAAUAGUACCUCGGGUAAAGAACUUUGCUUCAGGAUGAGAACAGAAAUCGUGUUCCGGCGGCAUGGCGGCAGCGGGAGGCCCCAUUAGCUAAAGUGGUGCUUCAGGUUAAGAACAGUUUCAGGUUAAGAACAGACCUCCGGAACGAAUUAAAUACUUAACCCAAGGUACCACUGUAUUUAUUAUGUCCAGGCAGGACGUUGCUGGAAAUGCAGAAUUUAGCAGUAGAGCUAAACUAUGAGCUGGAACACACUUCAACUGAUUUUGUGGAAAGGGUUGAAGUUCCCUAAUUUGCUGGAACUUCCACAAAGUUUUUUUAAACUUUUAUUUUGCACUGUGUUCAGUGAUCCUUAUUUCCAAGUAGGUUCUGACAGGAUUGAAGCCUUAUGCAUGAUUUACUUUUCAUAGUGUGUAUUUGUGGUCUAUAAUUUCUAGAAGACAAAAUUAUUAGCUAUUUAUUAUAAUUGGCAGUCUAAACUGCAACUAUGCUUAUGAUGAUCUGUUCUCCUUAAUCAACCUAGAAAAAGUUAAAUAAUUGAAUAUUAUUGGAUCUGUCCCUUCUAUUAUUCCAGUAGGGUUUUUUUGGGGUGGGGGUGCGGGUGCGGGUGGAGAGACACCAAAGGGAUAGAUGUUAGGGAGGAAGCUCCGGAGUUUACUUUAAGCUCUUCAGUAACUUCCUUCUAAUCAAAUAACAACUUGGUUACAUAUUCUACUUUUUUUAAGCAGAAGAGACUAACGUGUCUAUGGUCUUAGCCUCUAGGUAGACUGGGAGCUUCGGUUACUGGGAUUGAUCCUCUGGAAGACAGCAUUAGAACAGCAGAACUGCAUAAAUCAUUUGAUCCAGUCCUGGCUAAGAGAAUACAGUACAAAUCCUGUACGCUAGAGGAUAUCGUGGAAGAGGCAUCAGACACAUUUGAUGUCAUUGUAGCUUCUGAAGUUGUAGAACAUGUGGCUGAUGUGGAAAUGUUUAUCAGGUGCUGCAGCAAAGUGUUAAAAGUGAGUUGGAAGAAAGCAAAAAAAGAAUGCUGAAUCAUUUGCACUGUAAAAUUAAGCUGUUGAUUAUAAGAAAUGUUUUGCUUUGGUUUCCUUUUUUUGACUUGCUCUGUGCUAAAGAGUGUAAUUUUAUGCAACCCUUAUUGAUUCAAAUUAUCCAUAUUGAAAACAAACACAACCUUUAGAAUAUUGCACUUUUUCCUGCUGAGGAAAUGAACCAGACAGUAAAUGGGUUCUGGGUACAGAUCUAAAAACAUGAAGGAAAUAAAUCAUAAAACACAAAAUAAAUAAGUACAGUGAUACCUCUGGUUGCGAACGGGAUCCGUUCCAGAGGCCCGUUCACAACAUGAAAAGCCCGCAACCUGAAGCACUGUAUCUACGCUGGUGCGAUUUGGUGCUUGUGCGCAUGCGCAAAGCGCGAUUUAGUGCUUCUGUGCAUGCGUGAGCGACGAAACCCGGAAGUAACCCUUUCUGUCGUUGCCACGGGACGCAACCUGAAAAAACAUAACAUGAAGCAAACAUAACAUGAGGUAUGACUGCAGAUAUUUUGAAUUCUAUUUAUCCCAAGGGCCCCAGGGUAAAUAAUAGUAGUUUAUCGAUAACAUAACCCUACCUUGUGGCUUGUGGCACCCUGUUCCUCACAGAGCUACAACUCUCAGCAUUCCCUGCGAAGAGGGAUUGACUGUUAAACUGUUAGAUUCCUCUGUGAGAGGAAUAGCAGUCUUGUCACAACUUUCAGCACCCUUAACAAACUACUGUUCCCUGGAUUUUGCGGGGAAAGACAUGACUGUUAAAGUGAUACAAUACUGUUUUGAAUAUAGAAUGCAGAUGGGGCCCUAGAUUGUUUUCUUAUAGAAACCAGCCAAACAGUUAUUAGUGCACAAAAAUAUUGCAGUAACGCUUAACAGAUAUUCUGUAUAUCAAUCUCAGAACCAUAGUAACAUGAAUAAAUUUGAAUUUGGCUUCAGUAUAAAUUGCAUUGCUUAUAGUACAAAUUCAAACAGCUCUGAUGAGACCUGUUUUUGAAUUGACCCAUGCAAAUAUGUUUUGGCUAGGCCUACAUGAUUAGGGCUACAUUACUUGGCUGAGAGGCUAAUUUCACCAAUUAAAAAUCUGGUGAUUGGCAAGAAAGGUGCUAGUAUUUGUAGAGGUGGCAGAAUUUUAAAAUAGUUUUAUUCCAGAAAACAGGAGGCAAGAAUAAUAUUUGAAGAAGCAUUAUAUGCACAUAUGUAAGGAAAUUCGUUUUCUAAGAUGGUGUCUGCUGAAAUGUCUUGACAAUCUGUAAAGAUUUUUAAAAUCAAUUUAAGCUUGAACCACAUUUUUUUUAUUUACUUUGGUGACAAUCCUAAUUUUAACACACUAACUGGAUGCUGCUAGUUAUAUUGUAUAUAUAUGGCAGAUGUGCUAACACUUGUUCUGUUGUUGUUUAAGCCGGAAGGCUCCUUAUUUAUUACUACAAUCAACAAAUCACAACUGUCCUACAUCUUUGGCAUUGUGGUAGCUGAGAGAGUAUUGGGCAUUGUUCCGACAGGCACCCAUGAUUGGGAGAAGUUCAUACCGCCUGAGGAGCUAGAGAGGCUCCUAGAGUCAAGUAAGUGUUUAAACCCCAAUGAAAGGACACAGUCAGUAACUUCCUUCAAGUAUGGCUGCUAGCUGACCUUAACUAUCCCUUGAUACAGGUGUUGCAUAAAGCAAGCAUGCUUUACAGAGUAAUCAUAUGUAGUCAAUGGAUGGGGGGAAUCUAAGGUGUAUGAAAUACUAAAUCCAAAGACCUGCCAGGCUUACACCAGGAAGUGAAAGACAGUUUUGUGAAUUUGUUCACACUUACACCCACAACCCUGGAAUCCUUUGAUGAAGAGUGGUGAAGAAUGACUGUAAAUAAUUAAAUGGGGGAAGGUGUCAGGGAGAGCAGCAGCUUAUCCCUGUCAGAAGUGAGUCCUGCAGUUCUAACUCUACUUACCUGGGGUUGAGCUGUAUUGAAUUAAAUAGGACUUUCUUCCGAGUGAACAUAGGUUUGCCCGGUUAGUUCUUUUUUGGUGUCCCGUUUUCACCCUGAUUUUUGUAGGUUGCAUUUAAAGUGUAUUUUCAGAAGGGAUUCUAUCAUAAAACAGUUUCUCUGCUUUAGGAAUUUAUGUUAAUUAAGCACCAGUGAGAAGAUUUACUGUAUGAUAUCAGGGGGUUGGGAAGGGGCAAGUGUACCGUUCUACAAGUGGCAGGUUUGGGUAACAGUGUUUAUUCCACUUGGGGGCGGGAGGGGGCUGACAAUGAAAUGAUGAAGUGGUAUAUACACACACGGGAACAUGUAGAUAUACCUAAACACUGACUAUUGGAUCAUCUGAUGUGUAAAAUGUUGGUGUGUAAAUUGUAGGUGUCCUUUAAAAAUGAUUAUAAACAUCAACUUUCUAAAGAUAGGUAUUUUGUUUUGACUCUGGGUUUGGGUUAAUGCAUGUGUUAACCUGGGAUUUUAGUCACAAUUCAAGAAUAAUCAGCCAGGUGCUAAUUUGAAUUUGGAGCACUGUAUUCAACAAGAUACAUUUUACUUGGGAUGGACAUUCUUGAAUGUUUUAUUGCAACAAGAUUUAAAACCUGUUCCUAAUGCUGCUUUGGCUCGCAGUUUACUGAGACAACACCACCAUUGUGCCAGAAUGACAUUACAGGAAAUUUUGCGUUAGGUCCUUUUUAAGAAUAGUCUCCUUAUGCUGUCUCUCUCUCCUUUCUUACAGAUGGCUUUUUAGUCAAGACAGUGAAAGGAAUGUUGUACAACCCCCUGUUUGGGUCCUGGAGCUGGACUGAAAGCACUAUUAUUAACUAUGCACUCCAUGCUGUAAAAUCCGAUAUACAGGAGCAAGUGGAUCCAAAUCUAGAGACAGACAAAGAGCAGCUCCAGACAAAAACUAUGGCAUCAGAACCUCCAGCUAAGACUUUAUAGCGAGAGAUAGCUGGAAGUUGGAGGAAGAUUUGCAUAAAUGACUGUAAUGAACCAGGAAGGAACAAGCAAUAUUGUGUUCACAGUGCUGGAUGUUAGAAUGUGUCUGCCAGUCUGUCUUGUGGUAAAGAAUGGUUCAUUCUCCACAGUAUCAGAUCUACAAAGCUCUCAGAGAUGAGUUAUAUUAAAUAAUGAGUCAAUUGUAUACCUACAGAUUAGGUGUGCUGUGCAAGUUAUUGGGAAAAGGGCAGUUCUUUGUGAAAGACUUCUUAAAAUGCAUGCCUCUAAAAUUCCAGAGCAUAAUUAUUUUCAUAGACUUUAGAGUUACUGGUUUAAAAUGCUGCAUUUUGUAUUUUUAAUAGCUGAAUUGCUUUUAUUAUCCUAGUUCAGCAGAUUGUCUAAGAAAUAAAGCCCUACUUAUUUCUUGCUUGCCUGUUAAUCUUCAGGUAUGCUGUUAUGGGUACAUGCAAUGGAACCAAGACUUAAAUCAAUGCAAGGAGUAUUUCUUGAUGUAUUAAGAGUUGCUGUUCAAUAUGUGGGUGAGCAGAGGGUUGCUUAAUGCACUGCUCCUAUGUGGAAAUGCAGGGCUAGGAAAUGGGGACAUCAUCAUGUGACUAUCAUGUUGGAAAUACGUGUGCUUGUGGCAAAAUACAGCCAUGCAUUCUCCAUAGCUGUAGGGACAGACUCUAGAAUGUUUUUGUCACUUGAACUGUGCCUUGGCACAUUCUGAUCACUAGACUCCAUGGGACCUUGGUAUGGUGUCCAGACUGGAAAUUAAGGCUUGUCCAGUGAUCUAAGGAAAUGCAGGGUAAGCUGUACUCUACUAGAUAUUGAAGUCACCUGACUUAAAGAACCUUGAAUUGGAAAAUGUGCUUUGAGAACAUAUAUCACAAACUGGGGGGGGGGGGGGGGAGGUACAGUGUAAAUCUGGUCUCUUCUUUCAUGAAGGUAAUGCCUAGAAAUAAACUGAUUUUG